AUGGAGUCAGAGGCUUCCAUCACUAAUAAGACGGAGUCUUUGAGUUCUGUCUUUGGUAGCAGCUUGGAGGCAGACUCAUUCAUGGAGGUGAACUCAUUCAUGCAGUCUGAACCCUUCAGUCCCCUGUCCAGCCCUUCCACCGAAUCGGCCAAAUCAUUCAGCUCGGUAACGAGCCCUUGCGACUCCCUCCUUUGCUCUCCAUAUAUCGAGCUCGACGAGAAACACUUCGUGAACAACAACGCGAUGCGCAUGCUCAACCUCUAUGGACGCCAUAUAGAAGCAAAUAACUUGAAGAGAAGCGGGAGGGAUGCUUUCAUCUCCCAUGCUCGAUGGCUCCAACAGAACUACCAGGAGCUAAAGGUCGCUCGCCUCCGUCUUUGCUUCUCGAACCCUUCGGAGUACACAAACGAUGCCAUGGAGUGGAUUAGAAUGGCCACCAGUAGGGAUGUCGAAGAGCUCCAUAUCGAUUUCUCUAUCCCUGACCAUGACCGGAGGUACCCCGAGUGCUUCAAAAGCUAUGCUGAAUUACCACCAGAUGUCUAUAUGUUGCGUGAUUCCCUUCAUACGCUAAGGCUGUCAGGAUGCAAAUUUCAGCCUGCUUUGUUUGGCAAGUUUAGUGCACUGAGGAAGUUAUCCAUUGAAAGGGUUGAAUUCGAUCGAGAAUCGCUUCAGGUCCUCGUAGCAAAUUGUUGGCAUCUGGAGGAUCUUAAACUUAAGAUGUUGGGCCAUCUGACCAAUAUCAAUAUUAAUGAUUUUAGGCAUCGAAUCAAGAGAGUAACGAUCGAAGAAUGUAUUCCAUUGAUGGAAGCCAACAUUGUUAUGCCAGGUCUCCAAUAUUUUAGGUACUCUGGAAUCGCGGUGCCCAUUGUCAUCAAGGACUACUAUACAAUUGAGGAGGCAGAACUUGAUUUUAGUCAGCAAUUUGAACUCGGUCAUCAUGGCGGAUUAAUCUCGGAAAUUCUCAUAUGCCUACAGAAUGCAAGAGUACUCACAGUAUGCAGUUACCUAACCCGGGUAAUUGGUUCUGAAAAUCUUUACUUGCCAACAAUCAUAAUACAACUACGACAUCUGAUACUAAUGAAGGCAACAUUACACAAAGAUGAGUCAGCAGGAAUCAUAUUUCUACUAGCAAAUUACCCAAAGCUGGAAACUUUAACAAUUAACAUGGGCUAUCAGACACAACUUGCACCUAGAAUCCUCAGCGAUGAAGAAUAUAAUUUUAAUACUCCAUUUGAUGCCGAAAGGUUUUGGGAAGCACAGACCUCACCCAUCACAUGCCUUGAUAUGUAUCUGAAGAAGGUCAAUAUCCUGAACUUCAGAGGGCAUAAAAAUGAAGUACACUUCCUUAAAUAUCUGCUGAAGAAAUCGGCAAGAUUGGAAGAGUUAUCUAUUACCAUUACAAGUGAUAUGCCGGAUUGGGAGAACUUGCAGGGGAGCUGUAUAUCUGCUGCUAAACGACUGCAACACUGUGAGAAAGCUUCACCAAUAGUUCAGAUAGCGAUACGUUGA